UAGUCAGUAGCGAAUGUGUUCCUAGUUGUCUUGACAAGUUUUUAUAGAAGAUUCUUCCAACAUCGGAUUAUUUUCACAAACGGAUAUAUAUAGUGUGUUUGACGUCGUCUCUACAUUGUUCACGGAUUUCGGAUGUGUAUCCCAGCGUCACGGAUAUAGCGGUGCUGGAACUUUCCCGUACGAAGGACAAAAAUCCUAGUGGUACUGACAAUACUUGGAGCUGACCAAUAUGGCGUCAGAGCAAUGUCCCCUCGCAGAGGGAACAAGUCGGGAGAGAGAGAGCAGCAGCACCUCUCCCAAUGACGAUGCUCUAGCAAAAGUCCUUGCUGCGCAGCAGCAACAGGCAGAGUCCAUAAAAUUUUUGACGGAAACAAUCAUUCAAAUUGGGGCGAAAAGAAAACAGGUUUCUUCCCCUGUCAUAGAGGUCAGCGAUCAACAAGCUGGGCCGAGUGGUCUUGGAAAGGGCGGGUCACUGAAGCGUAAAGCCAGUGGCGAGUGCGACUCGCAGAAGCGAUGCCGACUUACUGCUGAUAGUGAUAUGUCAGACGCAGAGGACAAUGAUCCUUUUGAUGACAUAGUUGACACUUUACAAAGUGAUCAUGAAGCAGAAAGUGAGAAUGAAGUUGACGCAGUCAUCUUCGAAUUAAAUGCUUAUUUCAACAAUGAUGACAAAUUUGGUCCUAAAGUGAACGAGGUUCUGGGAAGGACUAUAAAUGAAGGGCUGAGAUCGCAGCUGAAUCUCGAAGCACUGAAUCAGACGAAGGAUAAGUAUCAGAAGCCAGAAAACUGCCCUAAUCUGACUGUUCCGAGAGUGAACAAUCAAGUGUGGAAUCAGGUCAAACCACAAACCAGAUCCAUAGAUUCCAAGCUACAAAAUGUUCAAAGCCUCUUGGCUAAGGCUUUUUGUCCUAUUCUGGAGCUUACUGAUGAAGUUAUGAAUGCUUCUAGAGAUAAGAAGCAACAGAUCAAUUUAAAAACUUUGGCGAAGAAGUCUUGCGAUUCUCUACGCCUCUUGUCAGCUGUGUUCGUAGAACUCACAAAUCACAGGAAGGACACAUUCAAGCCGGAGCUCAAAGGAGCUUACAAACAGCUGUGUGCACAUAACAAUCCUGUCACUGACCAGCUUUUCGGCGAUGAUCUUGCAAAACAAAUAAAGGACAUUUCUGAAGCUCAAACCCUCUCUGCCAAAUUAAGCGGUGGCGGAGACAGGCCAGGUCAGUUACCAUGGAAACAAACCCGAGGUGGAAAGCCCAGUUACGUAAGACGUGACACUCACCAGCAUCAGGGCCGGAACGACCGAGAUCGGCGUUUUUUAGGUCAGAACCGCCGGAACAACUUCAAAAGGAGAGGCGGCUACCAACAACAGAAAAAGCAGUAGAGUGCACUCUAUCUGCCCCAACUAAAGAGGUGAGAGAUCUCUGUGACACCUUAACGCAUACACCGGAUAAUUUUAAAGCUGGUAAUACAGCUUCCUGUUGUUAUCAGUGGCAAAAACUAACGUCUGAUACAUUUAUUUUGGAUACUGUCAGUGAUGGCUAUAUAAUUGAAUUUGACCAGCUACCUUCACAAGAUCAAUCCCCAAGGCCGAUUCAAUUUAGUGAAAAUGAACACGUGGCUAUUACCCAACAGGUUGUCCAUAUGACCAUGACAGGUGUUAUUCAACAUGCAGAACCGUGUGCAGGUCAAUUUAUCUCAAAC